UCGAUUCCCAUCCGCAGUCCGGCUUGGCGUUUCAUCAUGGCUGACAAGACGAAAGUUGCUGAACAGUACUACGCUCCGCCACCGGACCUAGGGAAAUGGGAGGCCUUCAGAAUAUUCCUGUACAACUCCGAGACCGGCCAGGUCCUUGGCCGCACGGGAUCCAGUUGGGCUAAAAUCUUGCUAUUCUACCUAAUCUUCUAUGCGGCUCUGGUGGGCUUCUUCGCGGCCAUGCUGGCCAUCUUCUACCAGACCCUGGAUUCGAAGAUGCCCAAGUGGCAACUCGAUGGCUCCAUCAUAGGAAGUAAUCCAGGUUUGGGCUUUAGACCCAUGCCGGACUCUGCUAACGUGGAGAGUACCCUCAUCUACUACAAGGCCAAUGAUAAGGGCUCCGUGCUCAAAUGGGCCAAGGUGAUCGACGAGUUCCUUGAACAGUAUCGCAAGAAGGGAAGUGGCAGCGGAGAAGCUAGCGGCGCUGAGAACCGAGUACCAUGCUCUCCAACAUCGGGCGCCACUGGUGAGAAGCAAGUGUGCGAUGUGCCAAUAGACGAGUUCCAUCCCUGCACUGCUGCUAAUCAGUACAACUACGAGGCAGCCGGCCCCUGUGUCUUCUUGAAGCUGAAUAAGAUCUUCAAUUGGCAGCCUAAACCAUACAAUACCACUGAAGAUCUCCCCGGUAACAUGCCUGAAGAUUUGAAAUCGCACAUCAAGAUGGCGUCGGGCAAGCCAGAAGCAAAUACGGUUUGGGUAUCAUGCGAGGGUGAGAAUCCAGCAGACGUUGAGAACAUCGGCCCAGUGCAGUACAUCCCGCGACGGGGCUUCCCCUCUUACUAUUACCCCUUCACCAACAAGGAGGGGUAUCUGAGUCCUCUGGUUGCUGUGCUCUUCGAGAAGCCCAGGACGGGUGUGCUCAUCAACAUCGAGUGCAAGGCGUGGGCGAAGAAUAUAUUCUACGACCGCUAUGAGCGGCGUGGCUCGGUGCACUUCGAGCUGAUGGUAGACCGCUCCUAAAUUCCCCAUAGUCAGACCAUUUUAGCCAACUGCCUGCCGUGCCCGACAUCCUGCGAAGCUCACACGUAAUUGAACAUGGAAUCUUUGGCCAGAAACGAUGUAGGUCUUUGUGUGAAUGGUCCAAUAUAGCUGGAUUAGGUCUAAUUUAAAAAUACUGUAUCUAUUUAGAGGAAGAGUUAGCGCAGCUGUUAAAAUAUUUGUUAGAUCUUAAGAAUGUUGAUCUCGUUAAUUGCUUAGUGCCAAACAUUCGGUGUUUUAUUACAUCCGGUCAGCCAGUUGGCGAAGGAGUGGUUGGUGAAGCCAAGGCGACUUGGCCACUGCCAAGGUUGUCGCAACCGAAGGCGAAAUGCCGCGGAUGCCAGGCGUUUAGCAAUAGCCACAUAGUCGGCGGUUAAUUUAUAUUCGUUUUAGAAUAAGCCAGAUGGCGCCACUAAGUUAAGUUUCGUUUCACGCUUCAAGUAAAGUUUUAAAUUAUUGAUAAUAUUUAUUAUGUAAUGUUUUCUGGACGAGAUGUCAAUAAACACGCAAUAGU